CUCCGAGUCGACCCACAGACCAGGGAUCGCGACGCUGUCCUGUUUACUUACUUGCGCAAAUCUCCACAACAGCCGUGCUUCACGCCCUCAGUUCACUAUGAGUGCAGCAAUCGCAAUGGCUCCCUCUCCUGCUCCUCACGAGAGGCCCUCGUAUUCGGAGCUACCAGCGCCUUCCGCUUCAUCCACCCAGAGAUCCAGCGCCCCCUCAGGCGCUGCCAAUGCGACAAUUCAAUCCUCCACCAGCAGCAGCCCCAAGGCCGGCGCUGCUGUCUCCAAGUCAUCCCCUCCCAGCAUCUCGUGCGGGUGGCCUUACCCCUAACCCAAAGAUCAUCGUCAAGAAAGAGCCCGCAUCCCCCAGCAUGCCCAACUCGCGACCCCGGCCCAGGAGACUCGACCUCUCCAAAAACACAUCCAAAUCGAACCAGCCUGCUACCGCACGGCCACUGACGGCCCGCGAUAACCUCGGCAUCCAAGAGGUCGGCAUCGCCUGCCUCUCUCCCGGAUUUGUCACCCAGGACCCCGUCAUGAAGGAGCAGCUGCAGCGAAGUAUGUCGGUGCGAGAACAGCAGCGACACAUUAUCGAGGCCAGACUUCACCAGCAGUCGGCCAAAGGCGACGGUCCCGACAAGGACCCUAUGUCUGGGUUUGCUGCCAAGACGCCCGGCAUGUCGCGCAGAAACAAGGCCCCCCCUGGCUUGUCUAUUGUUGCGCCCUCGCACGAGCAGUUCGCCCACGAGCGAGUUAUUCAGUCUGCCCCUCUGGGCCACAGCUUUACUGGCCGACAGCACCCGGCGCCAUUGACUCGCCACAUUGCCAACCAACCCUCGAACUUGUCGAGCACCUCUCACAUCCACCACGUCCCCGCCAACCAGACCAAUAACCGGUUACCGCCCAUUAGCGACGUCUUCGGCCAGGGCCUGUCAGCACACCCUGACAACGCCCCUCAGUCCUUGUACCCCAAUGUCGGAAGUGCUCGAGCUCCCCUGGCAUCUCCCGGACACCCUCCUAUCCCGCAGGCCCCCACCCCUGGGCGCCCUCGCGAAUAUAGAUCUGCCGAAGAGGCCCAGCAAGACAUGGCCGGUGGCCGAGCUGAGCUCCUCCCCAAGCUGGUGCAUUAUGGCGGACACCAGCCCCCUACUCCCCCCUCGCCCGCACCCGGUGGCCGACCCAUCGAUGCAUCCCGAAGCGCCAGCAAGCGAAGGACACGAGCUGAAUACGAGGAUGGCAGCCCGCCUCUGGGCCACGGCCCGGCCGCUACCCGUCGUGGUCCCUUUGGCGCUGGACGCGAUAGCCCUGAAACCCAAAAACAGAAGAAGGAUGAGUUUAUUCGAUUAUGUGAACGAGCUUGGGACUUGUUCCACUCUUGAUGCAAUCGCACAACUAUCGAUGAUGCUUUGCAACUAUAAUUACCUCGGAUUGGCCUGACGCUUGUUGGGCGUUGUAAUCCAGACCUC